AUCACUGCGCUUGCCAUGCACAGAGAGGAUGAGGAGGAUGAGAAUGAAACUGGAAGUGACCAGGAAUUCAGGAGCAGAGAAGAAGCCAUUGACUCCAGCUGGUCCUGGGCUCAGACCAUGAAUUACGUGGGUCAGUUAGCAGGGCAGGUGUUCGUGCAGGUGAAGGAACUCUACAGGGGUCUGAAUCCCGCCACGCUGUCCGGCUGCAUCGAUGUCAUCGUUGUCCGACAGCCGGAUGGAGCUCUGACCUGCUCUCCAUUUCACGUGCGCUUUGGAAAGAUGGGUGUCCUGAGAUCACGAGAGAAAGUGGUGGACAUUGAGAUCAAUGGGGAACCUGUGAAUUUGCACAUGAAGUUAGGCGAGAACGGAGAAGCGUUUUUUGUCAAGGAGACGAAAGACAAUCAGGAAGUGAUUCCUUCUUACCUGGCCACAUCUCCCAUUCCGUCCGACGGGGGUUUUCUGAUGGGCUCCUGCACUGAGAAUGGAAUGAUUAAGAAGAGAAGAAAGAGGAGAAGGAAGUGCAGGUCAGAGGAUGUGAAGAGGGAGGAGAGUGUGGAGUUAUCAGAGGAGGAACUGUUUAACAUCGACAUCAAUGACAGCGAGCAGCCCGGUCAGAACAGAGACCUGCCGAAUGGAGGUUCAUCCACUGGAAACAAGCAAAACACAACUUAUGCUCGCUCAGAUGGAGAGUUGACUCCUGUUCACAGUCCUAAUGCGUCUCGUCCCUGCACCCCUAAGAGUGACUCUGAACUGCUUUGUCAAGGCCAGCAGGACGAUUCGGACAUGUUGUGGUCCUGGGGGGAGUUACCACAAGUUGCCAAGCCUUCGUUUCUGUCAGCGAAUCCAAACGUCCUGCCUGCUUCUGCCUCACUAUCAAUCCCAGUCUCUGACAACACACAUUUCAGAGUCAUCCCUGAGACUGCCGCCCAUCACCAUGACAGCAACAGGACAUUACAUGCUGAUGGCCAAUCACACAGGGCGAAAGAGUUUGAAAAGCAGGAUGUGACACCAGCAGCUUGCGUGAUGUCUGAGGUUGAGGAGGGAGGAGCAAAUACUGGACCCCGCCCACAAAAUAAGACUAAAAGAAAAGAUAAGAAAAGUCGCCAUCUGGGUUCUGAUGGCGUGUAUUUGGAUGAUAUAAAGGAUUUGAAGCCGGAGGUGGCGGCACUUUACUUCCCUAAAAGUGGUUCAGAGCGGUUGUGUGAGAAUGGUGUCCGCAGUGUGACCGCGUCUCCUCAGUCUAUGUGCAGCUCAGGAGCAGACAGCGGAGUGGACAGUUACGACCUUCCCACAAUGGCCAUCUCUCUCUGUGGAGGCCUCACAGAAAACAGAGAGAUCACUAAAGAGCAUUUCCAGCAGAAGGCUGUGUCUUUUCAGCAGUUUGCUGAUAAUCCAUCCAUCAUUGAUGACCCUAAUCUGGUGGUGAAGAUCGGCUCUAAGUAUUAUAACUGGAGCACUGCUGCUCCUAUUAUGCUUGCUAUGCAAGCCUUCCAGAAACCAUUGCCUAAGGCCACCGUAGAGAGACUUAUGAAGGAGAAGAUGCCCAGAAACCGAGGAAGAUGGUGGUUUUCGUGGCGAGGAAGAACAAACAGUGCCAAACCGGAUUCAGUAUCAAGUGGUUCAGCCUGUGCUGCAGGAGACGAGACCAUCAAGAACAGACGGAAAGACGAGUCCUCUUCCAGUGAUGAAGAUCACUUAUCUGCCAGACAAACCCCUGUACCGGUUCACACAGACUCCGUCCCUGCUGGAGGAGGCGUGUCCUAUCAGAAAACUCUCCGCCUUUCUUCAGAACAACUCGUCAGUCUGCAGCUAAAGGACGGUCUUAAUGACGUGGUGUUCAGCGUGACGACUCAGUAUCAGGGCACAUGCCGCUGUGAGGGAACCAUCUACCUGUGGAACUGGGAUGAUAAAAUCAUCAUCUCAGACAUCGAUGGCACAAUCACCAGGUCAGAUAAGUUGGGGCAUAUUUUGCCCACACUGGGUAAAGACUGGACCCAUCAGGGCAUCGCACGCCUGUAUCAUAACGUCAGCCAGAAUGGUUAUAAGUUUCUGUAUUGCUCAGCGAGGGCGAUCGGUAUGGCUAACAUGACACGGGGUUACCUGCACUGGGUCAACGAGAGAGGAACCAUGUUACCACAGGGACCCGUUUUACUGAGUCCCAGCAGCCUGUUUUCAGCACUGCACAGGGAGGUGAUCGAGAAGAGGCCGGAGAAGUUCAAGGUGGCGUGCUUGACGGAUAUUAGGAAUCUGUUCCUCCCAAACACAGAGCCCUUCUACGCAGCGUUCGGGAACAGAGACACCGAUGUGUUUUCCUACAAGGAGGUGGGUGUUCCCUUAAACCGAAUCUUCACUGUCAAUCCUAAAGGAGAACUGAUCCAGGAACAUGCCAAGACCAACAUCUCAUCGUACGUGCGUCUGGGCGAGGUGGUGGAUCACGUUUUCCCGCUCCUGAAGCGCAGUAGUUCGUGUGACUUCCCCUGCAGUGACACUUUCAGCCAGUUCACCUUCUGGAGAGAACAGCUCCCUCUCGUGGACGGGCAGAUAGCGAGCACUAUCAACACCACUCGCUGAACAGCUGCACGGAUCUGUACAAAUACUACAGACACAGGCUGAUAACCAAAACUGAAAUCAGUGCAAACAUGUGAAAAAUCACUCGUAAAAUUCAUGUGUGGGUCUGGACCUCAGAAAAGAAUGCACUUUCUUUCAAAAAAGUCUUUACAUGUCAUUUGUGAUUUAUAGUAUUAUUUUUAAAUGUACCUGUUCAGUUUUGCUUGUGAUCAUAUUGAAAAGCAUCUGUUAAUAUAUGAAUGAAAAUGAAUAAUGUUACAUACAUUUGAAAUAUCCAUGUCAAAUUUCACACCAAAAUCGUUAUUUUGCAAAUAAUAAAGUAAAAAUUAUAUAUAUAUAUAUAUAUAUAUAUAUAUAUAUAUGUAUAAUUAUCUACUGUAUAUAAUAUACAGUAUGUAUACAGUAGAUAAAUAUAUAUAUAUAUAUAUAUAUAUAUAUAUAUAUAUAUAUAUACAGUAUAGCAUUUAGUGACAAUUAACCACCUAUACUAAACUUUUAUAAACUUUUAUUCUCUGAGAAAUUAAAAAAAACAGCGAAAGAGAGAAUAUGUUACAUUUCUUUAUUUUUUUAAUGGAUAUCAUUGAACUCUUACAUGGUACCUUAUUGUUAAUGUAGCCUACUCAGUAUUAUUUUAUCUGAUUAUUUAAUGUUUUUCUGCUGUAUUCGUGCCUUCGUGUGGUUUUGACCAGCACUUUAUGUGUUAAAUUAAGAAAGAUAUGCUGUUAUAUUUUCUUAUGAAUUAAUAAUCAUAACCUUGGUUGGGUUUCUUCCGUUUUGUUAUGGUUUCAAUGAGGUUUAAAGAUUUAGAUAUUUAGUUUAUGAGACACACGAAGAAAUGUAGCAUGAUGCUGUUGAUAUAACUAGUUUUUUGCUGUUUUAUUGAAAUUUAUUUUCAGUUAUUAGUUCAACUAUAGAACUAUAGAAUCUUUUUUUCCAGAUUUUCUUUCAGUGAAAGAGCAGUUGUUCAGAUUUUCAGGUGAUUCUUCUUUGAAGGAAAAUCCAUCUGUUUCGAUCUUCAAUAAAAUACUGCAGGAAA